AUGUUAUGUAUUUAUUGCGAGAAGCUUAUUAGGGGUGGAGGAAUUAACCGGGUUAAGCAUCAUUUGGCUGGAAAAGGCGAAGAUAUUGAGGCAUGUCGAAAGGUGCCAACUGUGGUGAGACACCAAUUCAAUCAAAACAUUGAAGAUCUUCGAACCAAGAAAAGGAAAACUCAAGAAGAAUAUGCAGAAAGUUAUAAUGCUUGUGAUGAAUUUGAAAGGGAAUUUGAUGAGAUUGAACGUAAUGAGAUGCGACAACAACAAGCAUCAAGAAUUCCAGCACCUAGCUCUAGAAAGAGAGUUGGAAAACAACUCAAGGGAUUACAAUCCUUUUUUCCACCGGCAGCAACACUUGGAGCUCAACCAACUAUCAAAAGUGUUCUCCAAAGCAAAGAAAUUGUGGAAAAGUGUGAUAUUGCUAUUGCAAGAUUGAUGAUGGAUGCCUCUCUGUCAUUCAAUGCGGUUAAUUCAGCUUAUUAUCAGCCGAUGAUCGAUGCUAUUGCAAACAUGGGUGCAGGGUAUAAAGGGCCAAAUUAUCAAAGAGUUCGUGGAUAUUUGUUGAGUAAAUUGGUUGAAGAUGGAAAGAAGAUGAUUGAAGAUUAUCGUGUGAUUUGGAAACAAAUUGGAUUUUUUCUAAAGUCAAUUGAUGCUUCUCAUAUCUCGAAAACUGCUGAGGCUUCAUUUAAGUUGCUUAGGGAUGUUGUGUUAUUUGUUGGUCCUAAGAAUGUUGUACAUAUAGUGACGGAUAAUGCUGCAAAUUACGUUGCUGCUGGAAGGUUGUUGGAAUCGGAGUUUCCUAGAUUGUAUUGGUCUCUUUCUGCGACACAUUGUAUUAAUCUGAUAUUGCAGGAUAUUGGAAAGUUAGUGGAAGUGAGUGAAACUAUGUCACAAGCUUCAAUUAUUACGAAGUUUAUCUAUAAUCACUGCCAUCCUUUGUACUUGAUGAGAAAGUUCACAGGCGGACGAGAAAUGCUUCAUCCAGCUCCAACUCGAUUCGCCACUAAUUUCAUUGCUUUGCAAAGUAUUUUGGCUCAAAAGGAUACAUUGAGAGCUUGA